AACAGUGCCGCGUCAACCUGCUCCUCCCAUCACUCCAUAUUAUUUACAAAUUACAACGUUAUUUAUCGAUUUAUUUACAAUUUACAACAUUUGUGAUUUGUUUCUGUUUUUUACAUUAUUAAACUUAUAUACAGUUCAUUCUGAUAUGUAAAUAACAGAGGUUGAUUGGUGAUUUUAAUUUGGUUGUUCAUCUUUUUACUUUUUCGGAUUUAUUUAAUGUUAUUUAUUCAUAUUUACUUCAUUCACGCAUGAAUCACGUAAUUUACUCAGUGCGUUAAUGCAAACUAGGUGGAUAAGAAGUUAUUAGAAGACUGAGAAGUUAUCAACCAAUACAAGUUAUCAGAAGACUGAGAAGUUAUCAACCAAUACAAGUUAUAGAAGACUGAGAAGUUAUCAACCAAUACAAGUUAUUAGAAGACUGAGAGAAGUUAUCGACGAUACAAGAGAAUUAUUAACAGAUGACAAACGUAUCAGCCAGACCAACUCAGACCUGGGCUUUAAGGGGCGUCUUAUCCUGGGUCAAACCACAGCAACAAAAUGUCUACCAAAGUGGGUUGUUGAUGUCAGUGAUCCGAACGUUGUCUGCCAGCGAGAGUAAUGAACAGAGAGACCGUGAAAAGGCCCGACUGGAGAGGGAAUACCACAAGAGUGAUCAGCGACUGGACCACCUCAUCACCAACCACGACCAGUCACUGAAAGAUGUUAUGCAGAUCUUUGGGGAGGUGUCGGGUCGUCUUGCGGACGCUCGUAAACGGAUUCGCACCAUCAAGGAGAACUUGGCCGCCUGCAAGCGUCUCCUGCAUUGUAAACGAGACGAGCUGAAGGAACGAUGGUUAGAGGGCGUCGAACACAAGCACGUUAUGUUACUGUUGGAGCAGAUCGAUGAAGUGAGGGACGUUGGCGAGAGAGUCGGGAGUUACGUGAACAAGAAGCACUACCUGCACGCCACACAGCUGCUGGUCACCUCCCUCAACCGCCUUGGCACCGAUCUCAAGAUGGUCGAAGCUCUCAAGGACGUCAACUUAGAUCUCCAUGCCAGAAAAGAGAAACUGCACGAGGUCUUGAUAGACGAACUCCACAAACACUUAUACCAGCGCUGGACCAAGGAGGUGCUGGCCCUCAGGAGACAAGGGUCUGGCCGAGACUCCACCAACACUCUAACCCGGGCCGGGUCGGACCGUGCCAGUCUCGGCACCGGGAAAGCCGACAAAGCACGCAAAAACCUCCUCGAGAUGAUUACUACACCAGUUAAAGGGCUGGCCGAGGGGGAGUCUUUGGAGGAGGACGUGGGAGGAGUCGACCCCGAGGCUAACACGCAGCACUUUAUGGCGAUCCUCGUAGAGUGUCUGGCGCUGUUGGGAAAGUUGCCAGACGCCGUGGAGACUAUUAAGAGACGUAUGCAGAAAGAACUUGGAGUCAUCAUCCAGCGCACAACACAACAGAUCGUGGAGUAUCACCCGCCAGCACCCCCGGAUGAUCCUCCCCCUUCUGUCCUGGCGUACUUAAAAGCGGACUCCAGGGAAGCCAAAUUGUUACAAGAGCUCUUACAGGUUGUGUUCGAGCAGUUCCGGUUGAUUGUGGCAGCUCACCAGUCCGUGCUCGUCAGUAUGCGCGCCUCUUCCGACAAACACGGCAUUGAAUUACAUCUGUAUUCCAUGCCUGAUGUUUGGUCAAAGGUCCAGGCUGCGCUUCAGGUGAUGUUAAGUGAAUACCUGGACUUGAGUCAACUGGGGACCACCCAGCAGCAGGCACCGGCAGCAUUCACUGAGACGGCCACCGAUCUCUCCUCGUUCUUCACCAAGAAACGUACACCCAGAAUCAAAAAUUAUUCGCUGUUCAAGUUUGAGGCGUCGUACCAUGCCAUGACUAUGAACUCUUAUCUGAUGGAACAGGCGGCAGGUCAAGCUGGGGUGGAUCUCUUUGACUUCUCCAUUGCAGAUGGUAACAACAGCAGCACCACAGGAGGAGGCAACAAUAAAGGCAAAAACAUGAACGAUAAAACCUUAGUGUGUCCGGCGUCCCCACACAACAUCACCGCCAUCUUCAACCCGCUCCAGACCUUCAUCAGGGAGAUAGAAGACGCAUUAGCCUGCUCCCCUGGGGAUGAAAGCCAUCAGUACACAAAGACCCACUGUACACUGCACGUCUUCAUCACCGACUACAUCAAGGACGCGUUCCUGGCUCAGCUGCACGUAGAGACAGCGGGCAGACUGGAACAAGCGACCAAGGCUCUCGAUCAGUGGCGCACCUGCCGGGACCCGACCCUCCUUAAGACCAUGAAAGUUAACAGACCUUUACUACAGAGUAGCAUUAGCGUGUGGCAGAGCAUCGAGGAAUUAAGAUGGCUGUUGGGGGCUCUACCUCUCUAUGCCGACCACUUUGUCUCCAUGAUGUGCAACACUCUGAUGAACUACCGGGAGACUUGCCAGGCAGCGUACAGGGGCAUCACACAGCCAGAUUCAGAGGACAAGAGGAUAAUAUCUGCCACCUGGGCUAAAGAUGAAGAUAUCAGUAGGUUUUUAAGAGAUUUACCUAACUGGCGAGUUCUUCAGGCCGGAGUGUCAUCUGAGUGUACCAUUGGGGGUGAUGAGAAUCCUGAAGAGGUGGGUGAACGCAAUCGCAAGGAAGCGGAAAUCCUGACUGGCAACCUCGGCGAUCAACUGAUACCACAACAUGAGAUAUUAGCCGACCCGGCCCAACUGAGAACCUUGGGCCACCUGCAGGAGAGUUUGGAAUGGUUCGGGAGUUGUAUCGUCAAGUUCGCCACGUCGCUGCCAGUAAAGUCGACGUCUUCCGGCAUCAUGGUGUCGGGUGAAGUGCCUCCCGUCUCGGACGCCUCCGUGCAGACUCUCACAUCUCUGGCCAAAGAUUUUGAAGAGCUCGCACACACUUGCUUGUUGGUGCUUCACUUAGAGGUUCGUCUUCACUGCUUCUUCUACCUGCUGCCUGUGGCCCGAGGUGGAGGGUUUGCUUCUGGCCUUGACUCCCAGGAACCAGACAAUGACGUCCUCAAGUUAAUCAAAGACCUGGCUACCAUAGAUGAAGCUCUCACCAACACACUACACCCUCGUAAAUGUAAGUACAUCUUUGAAGGCCUCGGACCCCUCAUAGCCAACAUCCUGAUGACGUCGGUGGUCCACAUUCGCCGCAUCAACGAGAACGGCAUCAAAAAGAUGUGUCGCAACAUCUUCAGCAUCCAGCAGCAGCUUACUAACAUCACCAUGACCAGAGAGUUGGCACUAGACCAAGCAAGACAAUACUAUGAGAUGUUGUACCACAAUCCUGAUGAAAUUCUAAAUGGCAUAAUGAACCGGGGAAAACAGUUCGCUGAGUUGGAGUACAUAAACGCCUUGCAGCUUCUUCACCGGUCUUCCCCCGGGCUGUCUCAGGAGUCACUACACACCAGCCUUCAGCGACUCUCAGAGAUCUUGGGAGACAUCGGUGUCACCGUUUAAAAGAUCUUCUAUUAAGACAUUUAACCCUUAAACUGCAGUCAUCAUCAGUGGAAGUUAGCUGUAGGCAGACAUCUGUGGAAGUUAACUGUAGGGACAGCAGUCAUCAUCAGUGGAAGUUAGCUGUAGGGACAGCAGCCAUCAUCAGUGGAAGUUAGCUGUAGGGACAGCAGCCAUCAUCAGUGGAAGUUAGCUGUAGGGAUGGCAGCCAUCAUCAGUGGAAGUUAGCUGUGGGGAUGGCAGCUGUCGUCAGUUUAAGUUCCAUGUUGCCAGUAUUUGAUCUUACAGGGUGGUGGAGGAAGCAUUAGCUGCUGGUUGAGGGUUAAAAGAUCUGUUCAUACCAAUAGUAUAUUACUUAAAAUAAUAACAUAGUCUAUAUCUCAUUAUGUAUAUAUAUUGCUUUAUUUAUACUGUUCAGAGGCUGAUAAUAUAGAGAUAUAUUGAUUUUAUAUUUCUUGUUAAUAAACUAAGUGUUAUUAAAGUAGCAAUGUUGUUGUAGUAGGAAAUAAAGGAGCUGUGAUACCCAUCAA